UCGACUACAUGGAUGGAACUCACAGUCAUGUCUUGACUUGAUGCAGAAGGAUUUGUUCCAUAUUGGCAAAAAGCCAACAAAAUAAACAACGCAUAUAACUAACUAACCGACAUUGUCUUUGUUUUUUCGACGAUAAUACCAGCAAUCUCCAUCUUCUUCCCUUAAACACAAAGUUCGAAAAAAAAAGACGCAAAUACAGAGGAGAACAAAAAGGAGAAGUCGUGGCACCAACUAAACUCUGAACAAAUAUGUUUGUGUUCUAUGACUUUAUAAAAAAAGAAAUGCCACACAACAACAUUUUGCUUUAUUAAACAGCAGAUAACAACAACAACAACGCCGACGACGACGACGACUGGCUUUAUUCGCCAUCCAAACUUUAUUUGUUUGUUGUGGUUGUUUUUGUUGCCGAUUGCAAUCUAUUUUCUGAAGUGGAUUCACUCUCGACCUGAUGUACGACAAUUUGCUGUCGACACUUUGUCAUCGAUGAUUGAAACUAUGAAAGCUGCAAACAGUCGAAUAAUCAAUUUCGGCGGGAUCUGUUUGCUGCUGCUGUCUAUUAUGAGUGAGCAAUGUAAUGCCGAUGUCACCGUUUCAUUCAAUGCAAUACAAAUGUACGAUGAAACCACAUACAGAACAACGCUGCCAACAUACACGCCACCACCGUGGAUAGAACCAUAUGUCGAUCCGACAACUCCACGCAACGUGACAGCGUUAAUGGGAAAGACAGCAUAUUUAAAUUGUCGUGUAAUUAAUUUGGGAAAUAAAACAGUUUCAUGGAUACGACAUCGUGAUUCGCAUAUCCUUACCGUGGGCACAUACACCUAUACAUCAGAUUUGCGUUUCCAAGCUUUACAUUUUAGCGACAUUGGCGAUUGGACGCUACAAAUCAAAUGGGUACAAAAACGUGAUGCCGGCACAUAUGAAUGCCAGAUAUCUACACAGCCAGCCAGGAGUUAUUUUAUACACUUGAAUAUUGUGGUGCCAACGGCCAGCAUCUAUGGCGGUCCUGACCUUUAUGUCGACAAAGGUAGCACCAUAAAUCUUACAUGCACCGUAAAAUUUUGCCUUGAGCCACCUGCCUACGUAUUUUGGUAUCAUCACGAAGAGCUCAUUAAUUAUGACUCGACCAGAGGUGGUGUUUCGGUGGUUACCGAGAAAGGCGAUAUAACAACAUCGUAUUUGCUUUUGCAAAAUGCUGAUUUGGCCGAUUCCGGAAAGUAUUCAUGUGCUCCGUCGAAUGCAGAAAUGACUAGCAUACGUGUGCAUGUACUCAGUGGUGAGCAUCCCGAAGCAAUGCAAACAGGGUCAUCUGGCAAUCAACAUUCGUGGCUAACUAUAAUUAUUUUAAUAACUCACAUUUUGUUUUGCAAACAGCAUUCAAUGAGUUGCAUUAAGACCGCUAAACAGCGCAACGAUGCCCACCCCACCAUGGCAAAACAACAAAUUUACCAACGAUCUACGACAGCUACAACAGCAACCACAGCAACAGAGCUAACGGAGGGGUUUAAGACCGCAGAAUUACUAAAUUACCCGCCAGGUUGUUGUGUAUUACACCGUGAAAGGAUUUUAUGCUGACGGCAUUGCCAGCGGUGCGACCCCCCACAGGGAAACCUUACUUUAGAUUUGUUAUUUUUAUUAUUAAAGGAAAAUAGGUGUUAAGUGGUUUUUAAUUUUCCCUCGAAAUAAUUUGUUUGUGAUAAUCUGGUAUGAAUGGGAAAAAAAUCCUUGUAUUUAAGCUACCAUAUAAGCUCGCAUACAUACAUGCAUACCCACAAUAAAUGUAUAUGUAUGUGCGGAAAAUCGUAAAUAUAAAACGAACAAAUAACGCCAUAAAUAAUAUCUUUGUAUGUAUUGAAUGUAUAACUUUUUAUUCGAACGAAAUAAUUGAAGGUUGAUGUUGUGUCGUUCAACAAUCAAAUGACAAUGCCACGUAACAUUGUAUUGUAAAUAUGUAGUAUGGAAGUAACAUCGUCUUUUUUCACAAAUUAUAUCCGUAAUAUUAUGUAUGUAUUUUAUAAGUAUGUAAAUAUGUUGCGUGUUGCGAAAAUAAAGCAAAGAAACAAGUUUCGAAAUUAAUUAACGC